AUGGACGCGCGACGAGGGACGACGACGACGACGACGGGGGAGACGCGAACGUACGACGCGGCGGCGCUGGCGGCGCUGCGGCGCGAGCAGGCGACGCUGCGAGAUCGACCGGAGGACAGGGGGGGCGCGGCGGCGAGCGGGACGGCGGGACGGUCGGCGAGCGACGUCUUCGGAGGGACGAGCGCGGAGGCGUGGACGCCGCCGCCGCCGGCGCGCGAGACGGCGGGGGGGGUGGGAACGGUGAUUCCGGACGCGAAGACGAUCGCGGAGGCGAAGGCGAAGCGGGAGGCGGCGAGGGCGAAAUCGACGGCGGCGGAUUACGUCGACUUAGAUUCUAGCGGCGGACGCCGAGAGCGCGUGGCGUUUAAGAGCGUGCGAGACGGUGGUGCGCGAGAUAGGUAUGCGGGGUACGUGGAGGGUGAUAUCUUGCCGGGGAGCGACGACGAUGAGUUUGAGCGCGCGCAGUUGCAACGCGUGUUCAGGGACGAGCCGGAGAUGCGUCGAAGCGCUCGGGACGCGCGAGCGACGAUGGAGCGGGCGGGUACUGGGGUUUCGAUCGAACGAGGUGGUAUGGAAGCGUUCGAAAGUUUGAAACGCGCGUUGGAGGCAGCGGAGUCGUCGAGCGAGACGGCGAGAAGGGAGGCGACUCGCGCCGACGAAAACGCGGUGAAGAGUCAAGAGGCUUUGGCGUUUUACGAGAAGGAGCUCAAGGAUGCGAGUGAGCGAUACGUGUUCACUCAAAAGUUGCGCGAUUACUUUAGAGACGCGUGCGCCAUGCUGCACGAAAAGAAGCUCAUCUUAGACGAGCUCGAGGAGCAUUAUAGAAAAUUCCACGCGGAACGAGCGCAAGCGCUGACGCAGGCGAUGAAUGCCGAGUUCGAGGAGAGCGCGAUCGAAGCGGAAGCCGCGGCGGAAGCGGUGAACGCAGUGUUACAACGCAGCGGUUCGCAGACCGAGGCGAAGGCGACUGCGGUGACGGCUAUUCGGGACGCCGUGUUCAACGCCAAAGGUUUGCACGGUGAAAAGUUGGACGACAUGGGCAGAGACUUGAACAUCGCGAUGCGGGAAAAAGUCAAGGCGCGAUCAAAGCGACGUGAGUCGAGCGACACGGCAAUGGCGGUCGCUGAGGACGAACGCGAGGUCGGAUUGCUUCACAAAGAUUGGGCGGACGCCAGAGACGCGGCGAGCUCGAUGCUCAAGGACGCGUCAGAAGAGUUCUCGACGCUCAGCGCGGUGAAAAGGCACGCCGAGGAAUGGAAGCGCACGCACCUUGGUUCGUAUAAGAGCACGUAUAUGUCGGUCUCCGUCCCUAAUCUCUUCGCUCCUUUCGUGCGAUUGGAACUGAUUGGAUGGUCUCCGUUGUUUCCGCUCGCUGGGAAAACUGCGCCAGGCGCGUUGGACGCAAUGUCUUGGUACGGACAACUGUUCGACUACGGCGUGAUUGAUGGAAAAAUCGACGAAGGUGACGAAGAUGCGAAUUUGUUGCCCAACAUGGUGCAGCACGUCGUUUUACCGAUCGCAUCGGAGGCUGUGGAAGAGUGGUGGGAACCGCGAGAUCCGGCGCAAUCGCGCGCUCUGGCGUCUACGCUCAAGGAUAUCUUCGUCUACGUCGAACCGAGCGCGAACGAAGAGGCAAAGGAGAUUGUCAUCGCGUUACAACGUCGACUGAAGCGAUGCGCAGAGGAAUGCGCGGUACCGACGUAUUCGCCAAUAGUUGCCACGUGCGCGCCAAACGCCGCACGUCACGCCCAAGCUCAAUUCCGACUCGCUUUGGAUCUCGUUCGAAGCGCAUUCGCGUUUGAAGAUAUUGUCGACCGCGCCGCGCUUCAGCGCAUCGUCGCCGACGGCAUCAUCGGCGCCCAAGUCAUCCCUUACGUGCGUUUACAGCUCGUGGAUCCAGCCGCGUGCGCGGCGUCGCUUCAAGCCGUCGUCGACGUCCUCCCCGCCGACUGGCUCCGCGCCGCGCCGCCCGCCGUCGCGCCCGCGCGCGAUAUCAUCCGUGCCCUCAAGCAAUCGAUCGCACACAACGACCGGGUGGAAUCUAGCGCCAUCGAGGCGAUCGAGGCGAUCGCAAAGUCCUUUCGCGUGUAA